GAACUUAUUCACAUGGACUUUUUAAGAAGCUGGGGAUUCCUGGGCCAACACCUCUGCCUUAUUUUGGAAAUAUUCUGUCCUACCAAAAGGGUAUUUGGGAUUUUGACAAUAAAUGUUUUAAAAAGUAUGGGAAAACGUGGGGGUUUUUUGAUGGUCGACAGCCUGUGUUGGCUAUCACAGAUCUAGACAUGAUCAAAACAGUGCUAGUGAAAGAAUGUUAUUCUGUCUUCACAAACCGGCGGACGUUUGGUCCAGUGGGAGUUAUGAAAAAUGCCAUCUCACUGGCUGAGGAUGAACAAUGGAAGAAAAUACGAUCAUUGCUGUGUCCAACCUUCACCAGUGGAAAGCUCAAGCAGAUGUUCCCCAUCAUUAGCACGUAUGGAGAUGUGUUGGUGAGGAACCUGAGAAAGGAAGCAGAGAAAGGCAAGCCCAUCACCGUGAAAGACUUCUUUGGGGCCUACAGCAUGGAUGUGAUUACUGGCACAGCAUUUGGAGUGAACAUUGAUUCCCUCAGCAACCCACACGAUCCCUUUGUGGAAUAUACUAAGAAGCUCUUGAGAUUUGAUUUCCUUGAUCCACUCCUUAUCUUUUCAGCACUUUUUCCGUUCCUUCGUCCAGUCUUUGAAAUAUUAAAUCUCUCUGUGUUUCCAAAAAAUGCUGUGAAUUUUAUCACAAAAUCUAUAAAAAGGAUGAAAGAAAGUCGCCUCAAAGAUAAAGAAACGCACCGAGUGGAUCUUCUUCAGCUGAUGAUUAACUCUCAGAAUUCCAAAGAUGUGGACACCCGUAAAGCUCUGUCUGACCCAGAAAUGGUGGCCCAAGGUAUUAUCUUUAUUUUUGGUGGCUAUGAGCCCACUGCUGAGGCUCUUUCCUUCCUUUUCUAUGAAUUGGCCACUCACCCUGACAUCCAGCAGAAGCUGCGGGAAGAGAUUGAUGCAGCUCUCCCCAGUAAGGCACCUCCCACCUAUGAGUCCCUAGAACAGAUGGAAUAUCUUGACAUGGUGUUGAAUGAAUCUCUCAGAUUAUUCCCACUUACUGCUAGACUUGAGAGAGUCUGUAAGAAAGAUGUGGAAGUCCAUGGGGUGUUGAUUCCCAAAGGGACAGUGGUGAUGGUGCCACUCUUCACUAUUCACAGAGAUCCGGAACACUGGCCAGAGCCUGAGGAGUUCCGUCCUGAAAGGUUCAGUAAGGAGAACAAGGAGAGCAGAAAUCCUUACACAUACAUGCCUUUUGGAAGUGGACCCCGAAACUGCAUUGGUAUGAGACUUGGUAUCAUGAACGUGAAACUUGCUGUUGUCAAAGUCCUGCAGAACUUCUCCUUCAAACCUUGCAAAGAAACACAGAUGCACCUGAAAUUAAGGCGUCAGGUACUUCUUCAACUAGAAGAACCCAUUAUUCUAAUGGUUGAGCCCAGAGAUGGGACCUUAACUGGAGCCUGACUUUCCCUAAGGACUUGCGCUUUGUUCUUCAAGGAAGCUGCGUCCCAGGACAACAGAGGCCUUGAUUUACUUUGUGAUAAAACACAGAAAUGAAGAUGCGAUUCACCUACUGCGAUUGAUGGAUGACUAGAGAUUCUGCACAUUCAUUUAGCUUUCUCACUGUCUACGUGGAGUGUUAUAUAUUGUGUCAUAUAAAAGAGGUGAUUAAUAAGUGCAAACUCAGCUUAUCUGGUUCUCACAGAACUAUCUCCACCCCACCACACCCCACUUAGGACCAUCUACUCCUCCUGAGCACUGAUCAGAAUGAAAAUUUCUCACAAGCUCUAAUGAAAAUAAGAAUGAUAGUGAUGACUGAAGU